CAGGCAGGGGAGAGAGAGGCCAUAACUCGCAGACGGCUGAGAGAGAGAGAGAGAGUCAGGGACUCCGUCUUUUGGAAAGCAAUGGAGCGACGUGUUCCCUUCACCUUCCUGCGCACCCCCAGCUGGGACCCCUUCCGGGACUGGCUCCAGGGCAGCCGGCUCUUCGACCAGUCCUUCGGCAUGCCCGCCGUGCCGGAGGAGUGGUACAACUGGCCGGGCGCCCAGUGGCCCGGGUACAUGCGCCCGGCUGCCCCCCUGGUAGAGGCGGCCGCGGCAGCAGCAACGGCGGGACCCCUGAUGGGGCCUCCUCCGUCCCCCUACGCCCGCGCCCUGUCCCGCCAGCUCAGCAGCGGCGUGUCCGAGAUCAAGCAGACCCCCGAGCAGUGGAAGGUCAGCCUGGACGUCAAUCACUUCUCACCCGAGGAGCUGGUGGUGAAGACCAAGGAUGGGAUGGUGGAGAUCACAGGGAAACACGAGGAGAGGAAGGAUGAGCAUGGCUUUGUGUCCAGAUGUUUCACCAGAAAGUACACACUGCCCCCUGGCACCGAUGCUGAGAAGGUCUCAUCCUCCCUGUCUCCAGAGGGCGUCUUAACCGUGGAGGUCCCUCUGCCCAAGCCAGCGAUUCAGUCAGCCGAGGUCACCAUCCCCGUGACCAAGGCUGUGAGCGAAGCCAAGAAAUAAAAAAGGGGGCUUUUGCCGAGGUCCCGCAGCGUCGCUGCGAUCAGGGGG